AUGGACAUCGCCGCUUUCACCGAACUUCUUACCCACCUUCAAUCUUCUGAUAAUGAUGUCCGCAAAGAGGCAGAAGCAAAAUAUGAUACGGUUGAAAUUCCACACAAAGUCGCAGCACUCUACGAAACGUAUGCUCAAAAUCCAAAUAAUGCUGAGAUGAGAACUACUGCUCUUAUAUUCCUCCGUCGUUUAGUUAAUAAAGAAGGUGAUGAGCUGUGGAAAUGCUUCGAUGCUGAUUUCAAGAAGGGUGUUUUGGAUAAGUCUUUGCAAAUGAUCGUUCACGAAUCUGAUCUUUCGAUUAAAAAGAAAAUCGCCGAUUUGGUUUCUGAACUUGGAUCAAGCUUGAUUGACGAUUCUGGAAAUCAAAGCUGGAAAGAGUUGUUGGAGUUCAUGGACCAUUGCUUUAAUAGCGAUGAUCUUGGAGCUAACUAUCUCGGACUUCUUAUUGUUCGCGGAUGUCCAGUUAUUUUUGGAAACAAUGUCGAUCACUUCCUUCCCAUUCUUAAAAAAGCUAUGCUUAGUGCGAUGGCCCCACAAAACGACUUCCAACUUAGACAAUGUGCUGUGAAGGCUGCUGUAGGAUUUAUUGUGGACAAUGAUGACGAGAAGGACGUUGUUAAAACUUUCAGCGGUUUGGUUCUGGAUAUGUUGAAAGUCUGUGUUGAUACACCGGAAUCCGAAGAUUCCGACGGUCCACUCGGAGAUCUUGCCGAACUCGCUUCAAGCGUUUCAAAGUGCGUCACUCCACACAUUUUACAAGUCAUUCAAGUUUGCCUUCAAAUCGGAUCCAACAAGGAAAAGUCUGAAAUGGCUCGUCAAAACGCCGUUGAAGUUAUCAUUUCGUACAUGGAAAGUGCUCCAAAAGGAUUCAUGAAGCAUGCUCUCAACACCCUCGGUUCAAUUGUUGAACUUUGUGUUCAUUUGAUGAGCGAGAUUGAAGAUGUUGAACUUGAUCAAUGGCUUGCUGAUGACGAAGAGGACGAUGAUUAUGAUGAUCUUCCUGUUGUUGGAGAGUCGGGAAUAGACAGAGUUGCUUGCUGCAUCAACAGCAAGGUUCUUCUUCCAGUGUUUUUGCCUGUCGCUGAAAAAUUCUUGACUGCUGGAAACUGGAAAAUGAAGCAUGCCGCUCUUCGCGCCUUCUCCGCUGUUGGAGAAGGUUGCCAACGCGCCAUGGAACCACAUAUCGACCAAUUCAUGGCCCACAUUACCAAGUUCGUCAAUGACGAGCACCCACGCGUCCGCUUCGCCGCGUGCAACGCCAUUGGGCAAAUGUCUACCGAUUUCGCGCCGACUCUUCAAAAGAAAUGUCAUAGCACCGUCAUUCCUGCGCUUUUGCAAUGCAUUGACAAUUAUGAGGUCGCUCGUGUCUGCUCGCACGCCGCCUCCGCUCUUAUCAAUUUCUGCGAAGAAUGCCCGAAGAGCGUUAUUGCCCAAUACAUUGAUCUUCUUGUGGAGAAACUUCAAGCAGCGCUCUCAAAUCUCUUCUGCCGUCUCAAUGAGAAACCAUAUAGAUUGAUUGUCGAAAACGUUAUCACCGCCCUUGCUUCUGUUGCCGAAUCAGCGGAGGAUUUGUUCAAGCGCUACUUUGAGACUUUGGUCCCCAAACUUGUUCAAGUGUUGAUGGUUGUUGAAGAAUGGAAAGAACUUCGUGGAAAGACUAUUGAAUGCAUUUCGCUCAUUGGAUACGCUGUCGGAAAAGAUGUUUUCCGCGACACUGCCAUUGAUAUUUUGAAGAUGUUGGGAGGAAGCAUGGCUGACUUGGCCAUUGAUGAUCCGCAAUACAGCUACAUGAUCAGCAGUUGGACUCGAUUCUGCGCUGUUCUUGGAAGCGACUUUGCUCCAUUCCUUCCGGUUAUUAUGGACCCAGUUCUUCGUGCGGCAGAAUACCGCCCAGAUUUCAACAUUUUGUCUGGCGAGACACCUGAACAUGACGAAGGAUUUGAAUAUCAUUCAAUCGGCGAUGAGCACCAACUUGGAAUCCGUACGAGCGGUCUUGAAGAGAAAGCAACAUCAUGCGAAAUGCUCGUUGCAUUUGCCAAAGAAAUGAAGGGCGCUUUCUUGCCAUGGGUUCCAAAGGUUUCCGAGCUGGCUUUGAAGAAUCUCGAUUUUGCACUUCACGACGGAGUUCGUCAAGCUUCCGCUGACGUUAUGUCGAACUUGAUUGUGUGCGUCGAAGGCCAAGGAGUUGAAGCCAAACGUCAACUUUGGGUCGAAUUCCUCAACGCGUUGCACAAGAGCAUUAUGGAGGAUGAUGACGCGGAAAUUAUUGCUGCUUUCUUGUCGGCUCUUGCUUGCUGCAUUGAUGUGAUGGGAGGAUCCGCGAUUACUCCAGAAGAAGCUAAUGUCGUUGUUCAAAUUUUGUUGAAGGAGAUGACCAACUAUGGAAAGAGAAUGCAAGAUAGAAGUGAAGAGGACGAGGAUGAUGACGAUGCCGAAGGAAAUGAUAUGGACUACAUCACUGAAAUUGAUGCUGCUCUUCUCGGUUCCAUCUCGGAACUUCUUCAUUCGUUGAUGAAAGAGACGAGACAACUCUGCUAUGAAGCACUUCUACCAGUAUUCCAAUGUGGCAUUCAACUUGUCCAAAGCCAGAAACACUACUUCGAACGCCAAUGGGGAAUGUGCAUUUUAGACGACGCCAUCGAAUACAGCUCCGAGUACGUUCCAUCGAGAUUCCAAAUUACUCCCCUUAUGCUGAACUGUUUGAAUGAUGAAUACCCAGAAGUGAGACAGGCCGCUGUUUAUGGAUUUGGAGUUAUGGCUCUUCGCACCAACGAAAUCAAGGAGUACGCCAAUGAUGUUAUGCAGAGUCUCGAAGGAAUUGCCGCUAUGAUUGAAGAUCCUCAAUCUCGUUCGACAGAAGAAAGCACUGUUGCCACCGAAAAUGGAGUUUCUGCCUUUGCCAAGAUCAUAAUGAAUGUUCCACUUCCACCAGAAGCAUACAACAAGUGCAUUGAAAUGUUCCUUAGUUGGCUUCCAACACAUGCCGACACGGAUGAGUCUCCCUACAUCUACACAUGUCUCACGGAAUUAUUCAACAAGCAAGAUCAAACACUUUUGGGAAAAGACAACUGCAACGUUCCUAGAAUUCUUCUUGUUUCUGUUUGCGCUAUUCACAACAACGCUUUCCAAAAUGACGAUAAAGGCAAUGCGGCUAGGCAAAAUAUUGAGACCCUCAUCAAGAACAUUUACAAUGCAAUUCCAAACAUUGCUACCACAGCUGGACUUGAUGCUACUUUGCAAGGUGUUCUCCAGACAAUUGUUACCCAACAAUGA